GGGGUGCUACGAUAUAACGUCGUGAUCAAGCUCUCGUCUGCACUGCAGCUCCCGCGAUGGUCUCUGCUGGCCUGGUCCUCUUCGUCGUCCUGCUCAUCGCCUCGGCCGCCUUCUCGGCCGAGCAUCCUUCGAGGAAGAGGCGCAUUCCCACGACGCUCGACGGCCCCUUUCCUCCGGCCACUCGGCGGCUCGACCCCUCCUUCCGCCGCGGCAGCGACGAUAUCCCCACAGACGACCCCCGCCUCGCGCCGAGGGUCCAUCCGCCCUUUCCGGAGCAAAUUGCCCUCGCCGCCUCCUCCCACCCUUCCUCCGUCUGGGUUUCCUGGAUCACUGGGGAGGCGAAUAUCGGGGUGAAUGUGACGCCGGCGGACCCCUCGGCAGUGUCGAGCGAGGUGUGGUAUGGGGAGGAGAGCGGGAAAUGUGAGUUCUUCCAGAGGGGCACGGCCACCGUCUACAGCCAACUGUAUCCUUUCAAGGGCCUCUUGAAUUACACUUCGGGCAUUAUCCAUCAUGUGAGGCUUCAAGGCCUCAAACCAUCAACAAGGUACUAUUAUAAAUGUGGUGAUAGCUCCUUGAAAGCCUUGAGUGAGGAGCACACCUUUGUAACAUUACCCUCAUGUGGCCCAGACCAUUAUCCAAAUCGAAUCGCAGUGAUCGGUGAUCUAGGGCUGACAAGCAACUCAACAACCACAAUAGAUCAUUUAAAUGAGAAUGAUCCUUCAAUGAUUUUAAUGGUCGGAGACAUGAGUUAUGCAAACCAAUAUUUGACCACGGGGGGUAAAGGAGUUCCUUGCUUCUCGUGUGCAUUCCCUGAUGCACCCAUUAGAGAAACAUACCAACCACGAUGGGAUACAUGGGGGAGAUUCAUGGAACCUAUUACAUCAAAGAUUCCUAUGAUGGUGAUUGAAGGCAAUCAUGAAAUCGAACCACAAGUUGGGAAUAUGACUUUCAAAUCUUACUUAGCGCGGUUUUCAGUUCCAUCUGAGGAGAGUGGCUCCAAUAGUAACUUCUAUUAUUCAUUUAAUGCUGGUGGAGUUCAUUUUAUCAUGCUGGGUGCUUAUGUUGACUAUAAUCGGACAGGUGCACAAUAUGCUUGGCUUAAAAGAGAUCUGUGUCAGCUCAAUCGCCAAAUCACUCCUUGGAUAAUUGCUUCUUGGCAUCCUCCUUGGUAUAAUAGUUACAACUCGCACUAUCAGGAAUUUGAAUGCAUGAGGCAAGAAAUGGAGGGACUUCUAUAUGAGUCCGGUGUAGAUAUAGUGUUCUCUGGACAUGUCCAUGCUUACGAAAGGAUGAAUCGAGUAUUUAACUAUACGUUGGAUCCAUGUGGACCGGUUUACAUAACUGUAGGCGAUGGGGGAAAUAUUGAGAAAGUCGACGUUGACUUUGCAGACGAUCCUGGGAAGUGUCCUUCGGAGAGUGACAAUACGCCAGAGUUUGGUGGUGUCUGCCAUUUGAAUUUUACUUCAGGCCCUGCAAAGGGUAAAUUCUGCUGGAAAACACAGCCCGAAUGGAGUGCAUUUAGAGAAAGUAGUUUCGGUCACGGUAUUUUGGAGGUUAUAAAUUCAACUUACGCCUUGUGGACUUGGCAUCGAAAUCAGGAUACCUACAAGGGAAGUGCAAAAGGAGAUCAAAUAUACAUAGUGCGACAGCCGGAGCUCUGUUUGAUGAAAAGUGGAAAAGGACGCCGUCGAAGAAAUGGAAAUGGCAAUAAAUCACUUGCAAAUUGGUGCCGAAUCUCCAUCAAUUAGUUGACGAGCCAAAGCCCCUUUGUUGCUGGAACCCAAACUCCUCAGCUGCCAACUCAAGCAACCUAAUGAACACAGGAUUUGACAAUUGACAAACAUCUCAGUGAGCCGACAAACCUUGUGGCCUUCUCAUCUUGCAGUGCCACCACCGCGAACUUCCCCUCUGGCACUGCCACCGCCGGUGAAGAAUUUGAAGAGGACAGUGACGAGGAUGAAGUAGGAAGUGCCAUUUUUGGGCCAAGACAAGGCUUUGGUUGCUAUCUUCAGGAGGCCUAAUUUCCCCAUGUCAAAGCUUUGAGCUUGAAUUGUUAGUUGAUGCAACAUAUUUAUAGAGGAUUCAAAAUGUCACUGGUAGUUGGGCCUCUCUGACUUGGAUGAAAGAGCUGACUCAUCUUAUCGGGUUCAAUCACAAUCUAUAAAUCCUCAAAUUCGAUCUAC